AUCGUCCGUCGUCGUCUUGUUUCUUGUUGUUGGCUUCUCUCUUUUCGGUCAAAGUCGUACAUUAUUUUAAAAUGGCCGUCCGCCAAAGUCACGACGGAUAACGAGCGAAAGUGUUGUGCGAGGUUUAUUCGUGAAAAAAGUGUUUCUGAUGGCGUCUGGAGUCACGUACGCGCACGUUAAGCACUGGUGUUGUUUUUGGUGAAGGAAAACAGUGCGUCCCGGUGACGGAAGUAGCCGAAAUCUGACUGGGAAAUUGAUCCGCCGGAAGGUUGGAACCAUUUUUUUUCUUCCUACCACUGGGAAGACUGAAAAAGCCUCUCGGAGUCCGGACGCGAAAAAACUUCCCGGGAGCGUUUUUUUUUUCGUUCUGCUGGUGAUCUGCCUGUCUCUUCUCGCGCAAGUGUUUUCUGUGUUGCUUCUCGUGCUCUCUCGUUCUUGCGUACUGAGUUCGUGUGGCCGAUCUUUUUUUUGUGUGUUUUCCACUUGUGGGAGUGUGCGUGAAAAGUGGCGUAAUUGCGUGUGCAAGUGUAUUGAUGCAAUCGGUGAAAAAAGCUUCAUACGCGAGCAGCCCCCUCGACAGUGUUGCCGUGUUUGCAACUUGGAUUUGGGAGUAACUGUUAUCAAAAAUGAGAGACGUUUCGUCGGCAAGGUGUUUACUCGGGUGCUGAGUCGUUUUCAUCGUAAAAUCAAUGCUGCCAAGUGCUGCGAGUCUCAUCGCGAACUCUCCGGCUCGGCGCGCGGAUUUCGAUUGGAUGGAUGAUGGGACGGUUCAUGGCUUACCGAGGCCUGGUGUGGCGAUGCUACUGACUACUGUUGGCUUUACCAGCAAUGUUCCUGCUGCUUGAAGAAGUCAAGUGUCCGAAGAAGUGCGCGCUAGUAGAAGAGAGUCGAGAAGAAGAAAAUACCUAUCAGUGAAACCAAAUUUAACGCGAGAAGAAGCACAGUAGAAGCCAAGUAAAGUAAAAUAAGAAUCAACUUCUCUACUUUUCAGCGGUAUAACCGAGUGUAACAGCACACGCGGAAUCAGCUAAGCAAGAAUCAAUAAUUUCCUGAGUGAAGAAGUGGGAAAGAGAAAAAAGUGGAAAAAGUGCAAUAAUAUUAUAUUUUCUGUGUAAUCAAACCCCCUGGUCGUUGAAACAGCUUGGGCAUGAAAACAGUCCAAACUUCGGAAGAAGAUAGAUAGUGACGGAGGAAAAACGAGUGUAAAGAGAGAAAAAAAAACUCACUAGAUGAGCAAAUUUUUUGACAGAAAACAAGUUAACCGAGUAUUAGGAGGAUAAAAAUACGUGCCAGUGUGAAGAGAGGGAGAUAGUUAAAGAAAAGUGUAAAAAGCUAAAAAAAACGAGAUCAUUGUGUUUCCAUCUUGUUUUCUCUGCCUAUUUUUUUUUUGUUUUUCGGGGCUGUACAGUUAAUUAGUGUAUUAAGAUGAACCGGAAUUUGGAGUGUUCCUGCUGCUUUAAUACCAACUAUCACAACGGUUGCUGGUGCUAUUACUUCAAUACGAACCAAGCCCGGUGUGGUUCGUCGUCGUCGUCGUCGUCAUCUCACCAUCAUCGUCAUCAGCAUCCCAAAGGAGCAGCAACCGUCGUUAGCUCGUUGUUGUCCUCGUAGGGAACCAUCGUAGUCGCAAAACCCACCCCCAAUUCUCGUGCAUAGCAUACACACAAAAAAAAACACACUGGGUCGCCGACAAGCACGCGCUUCUUCUUGAAGACUACACAACCGAAGAAAGACCAACAAAAGAGCACACGCAUCACGUAAGAGAGACAUUGUAACUGUUCAUAAAUACGAAAAGAGGUGGCUUGGUGGAAGACGCGAAGCGAAACAAUUGCCGUUUGUCGAACCCCUCUUCGAAAGGAGAUUUCGUCGCAGCGCGCUCCGGUUUAGAAUAUGAUAGUGAGUCGUCGUGGAGUGAAUGCUGGACCGGCAUUGAGCUUGCCAUCUACACUGGAGGACUCUACGAAUAAUUGGAAAGGAACACCUUCGGGUCCCUCCGAUCCGUCACAGCAGCCCGGUGGACCGGGAGGACCUGGUGGCCCAGGCGGUGGUGGCGGAGGUCCCGGAGGUGGAGGUCCUGGCGGUCCGGGUGGAGGUGUCAACAACUUUGGCGGACCCGCGGGAGCGAAUAGCUUCGGUGGGCCCGUGUUUCCUGCCGCCGGUCAGGGAUCCCCCGCGGGCGGAUCCGCGGCCAACAACUACCAAAAUGUCCCGCCCGGUACUGGCUCGAAUACCCCGCAGUAUACGGCGUCUCCGGCGCCAUCGGGUUCCAGUACGCCCGGUCCGGGGCCACAAAAUGUAGGCUCUGGAUUCCCACCACCGAAUGCCGGCGGAGGCGGCCCCGGUCCAUAUAAUGGUCCCGGGGGAGGCCCAGUCGCUGGCGGCCCAUUCGGUUCACCGUCCGCUAAUGGUCCACAGUUUGGCCGGCCGGGUAGUUCCGGUUCGGCCUUCGGCAGUGGACCACACUUCACGUCGCCGGGUGGCCCCGGUAGCUUCGGUGGGCCACAAUUCGGUCUACCUCCCGGGUCGCCUUUCGGGCACGGGCCUAACGGUCCGCAGAUGGGCGGCCCCAUGAAUCAAGGACACAUGAUGAGCGGUCCGCAGCCAGUCGAUCGGAUGGAUCAAAGUCAAUUGAACGUUCCCAGAAGGCAUGCUUACUUCGGACAACCUGACUAUAGAAUAUAUGAAUUAAAUAAGCGAUUACAGCAAAGAACUGAAGAAAGUGAUAACUGUUGGUGGGAUUCAUUCGCGAAUGAGUUCUUUGAAGACGAUGCAACCCUAACACUAACAUUUUGUUUGGAAGAUGGACCAAAAAGAUAUACUAUAGGACGCACACUAAUUCCUCGUUAUUUUCGAAGUAUCUUCGAAGGCGGUGUAACGGAACUGUACUUUAACCUGAGACACUCCAAAGAGUCGUUUCAUAACACAUCCAUUACGUUAGACUGUGACCAGUGCACGAUGGAGACGUUGCACGGGAAACCUAUGUACACCAAGGUCAUUACCGAGGGACGCCUAAUACUGGAGUUCACCUUUGACGAUCUGAUGCGGAUAAAGUCAUGGCAUUUUGCGGUGCGGGCGCACCGGGAACUGAUACCCCGCUCAGUAGUGGCAAUGCAUACCCAACAGCCGGACCCGUCGAUGCUCGAGCAGCUGACGAAAAAUAUCACCCGGCAAGGAAUUACCAACUCGACACUAAACUAUCUGCGCCUAUGUGUGAUAUUAGAACCGAUGCAGGAAUUAAUGUCUAGGCACAAAGCGUACGCGCUGAGUCCGCGCGAUUGCCUCAAGACGACCCUGUUCCAGAAGUGGCAACGGAUGGUGGCACCGCCGGGUAAGUUGUGUUGGACGACCGAUGACCGUAAAGUACUCAAAGAACCUAACCGUAUUCCAGACGCGCAACGUCCAGCCAACAAACGGAGAAAACGCAAGGGCUCCAGCUCCGGGGCGGGGGCGGGCAACGCUGGACCACCGGCGCCGAGUAAAAAACGAUCACCCGGACCGAACUUCUCGCUGGCGUCGCAGGUGGACGUAAUGGUGGUAGGUGAACCCUCCCUGAUGGGUGGCGAAUUUGGCGACGAGGACGAACGGGCUCAUUACCAGCUAGAAAACACGCAGUACGAUGCGGCCAACUCCCUAGAGCAUGAAAGUCACAACGCGUUCGGUGGUCACAACGAUUCGCCGAUGACGGGUCCGGGUGGCCCUGGUGGUCCCAACUCGUGGCAGGUGGAUCGGGGCGGUGGCCCGGGGGUGCCGAACAAUAGCGGGCCGGCCAGUCAGGAUUCGGACAAGAAGAAGCCCCUCGGUGUCCCAGUGACAGUUGUAAUAUUAUAGGGUGAAGGAGGAGAACCCGUUAGAGCAGAGCGGAGCGCACCCUAGCUGCAGAGCUCUACAAAACUACCCGCCGCCCCCUCCCUUCUUGGAACUGGCACCGUGACCCCGCGCAUACAUACCAAGAAUUAGACCGCAACAAACAACCGGAAGCGAAGCGAAGCAACAGCAGCAACAAAACCGAAUGCUCAUCAUCUUUCCUGCACGAUUUCCCGUCGGGGUCUUAAUCCGGUAUCCGGAUUAUCCGACGGCGACGUGGGACGGACGGACGGGUAGCAUGCGCCAUCAUUGCCCGGUUUCGGGACCGUUUUGCGCGGAAAGUGAGAGAAAGGACCGCAACGGAUCCGGAACCAAACCAUUUUUUUCGUUCUCCUGCGGAUAACAGGAUUUCCUAUAGUGUUUAUCGAAUGAGCGAGAUAUUUUGGGACGAGGUCGCGUGAAAAUACUUAACAUUUUGGCCGCUACGCUCCGAUUUUUGUAAGGUACUGUGCAGAUUAGCUGCGUCCACCGCUGCCGGAAAGUUGGUGGUCGCGCCUAAAGUUUAGGUUAUUGGAAUAAACAUUAUCUUUUAUUCAUUGAUUGUAGCAAAGGCUUGGUGGUGUCUUGACAUUAUAAUUCAUUAAUAAUUUAUCGAAAUUUCAAAUUGGUGGCGUUUCUGUUUUUAGAUUUGGGUAAGGAAGAAACAAACCAAGUUCAGAAAAGAGUUCAGGGAUCGCUUUACGAAAUUGAGGGUUAGGAAUAUGAGUCUGUUUAGAAUUUGUACCAAAACAACGGCACAUUUGGGAUCAUUCUUCGAGUUUUCACAAAGAUUGUCAUGGCAAAUCUAUCUGGGAUUCUCCCAGGAUUUUCUCCAAAAGUUAAAUUUAAACCAGAUAUUCUUCUGCAGUUUUUCUCCAGUCGUUACCUACUCCAGGAGAUAUUCUGACGAUUUAUUUUUUCACGAAAACCUCUCGAAGGCUUGCGUUGAUUCCAGGGUUUUUGUGUAAACUCGCUCUGGGUUUUUUUUCAUGAAUUCCUGUAUGAAUCUUCAAGUUUUUACUGUGGCGAUUUUCCAACCAUUUCUACAGGGAUUCCCUUAAAAAUUCCUUCACUGAAUGUACCGGUAAAUCUAUUAAGAACUUGUCCAAUAUUGUUUUAGAAUUCAAAUAUUCGUCCAGAAAUUCCUAAUGAAGCUGCGCAGAUUUGUCUAGGAAAAAAAUCGUGAGUUUUUCUCAUGUAAAGUCUCCACGAAUUGUUCAAAAGUUUCAACAACAGUUCUUCCGACUAUUACUACACAUUUUUCAGCAAUUCUGUGCGAUUUUCAUCUGGUAUUCCUCCAGUAGUUUUCAUUAUAGAUUACUUUCACAAAUAUCUUCAAGCAUUUCUUCAACAAUCGCUCCAAUCAUUUUUGAAAAAUACCUUACAAAAUUCCCUGGAGAACGCUUAAGGAGGUUUCUUUAGAUAAGAUCGUGAUUGGUUUUCCAAAGAAGUAAUGCUUCUGCAAAGAAUCUUAACUUGGGUGUUUACAUAGAGAAUACCUAUUUGAAGAAAAUCUCAGAAAAAAUAAGGGAUGAAUUUCUGAGGGCCAAGGAUUACCUCGAGCAAUUUCUGGAAGAAAUUUUAAAAGAACUUCUGCAGAAGUCUCUAAAGAAUUACCAAAACUAGUGAUGUUAACAAUCGCAGUAGUUGACAUGUUUACGUUGACAUUCGACAGCCCUUGCCUUCAGCAUUCACUAAACGAGCGAUGAAACGAGCGUCGGAAAGAAAAAUGUCAAUUGAAUGCAGCUGACCACGAUGGCGUUACCAGAAAAUAGUACGGUUUUGUUUAUUUUUAUCAAUUUUCGUAAUAACUGUUACUUUAAUUGUAUGUGUGUCAGAUUCGACAUAACAAGCAAGAUUACAACGCAGACAAAAUUAGCUAUUCUUAUUGUUUAUGGUCGGACAUUUUUUAAAAUCUAUGAUAAAUUCAUGAUUUAUGAAUAUGUCAUCGUGUCAGACGACAUUCAUUCCACAGUUUUUGUGUUUCUUGAUGUUGAUUAUACCGCUUAUGCUGUGUGUGAGAGGAAUCGUUAGCGGAUGAGUUCAGAGAAAUCAUUUGACUGCGGGCUGACCAUAAAAUCGAAACGGACGUCGCAAAUAAUGGGAAACUGGGAACAUCAGUGAAUGGAUUCCGGAAGAAAC